AUGGUUGCCGCUUGGAGACCAGCGUCCUUGAAGUUUACUCCCAUGGGGGAGAGCUUUGUUGCUCAGGUGGAAGGACUGGACUUUUCGCAACCAAUACCGGCAGCGGUCAGAGAUGAACUGCUGGCGGGACUUCACAAGUAUGGUGUCCUUGUGGCACGCGGAACCAAUAUAACAGAUGAUACUAUGAUUGCCCUUGGCCAGCAAUGGGGCCAGCUCGACAAUAUCACUGCACACAAAAAAGCAGGCCGAACGAUGCGUCUACCUCAGGACGAGAUAUUCGACGUGAGCAAUAUCGAUCCCGAUGACAACAUCAUCACGGUCGCCGAUGCCCUUCGCACCUCUAGUGCUCGAGGGAAUGCCAUGUGGCACGCCGACGGCGCCUACAACCCUCGUCGGUCAGGCAUCUCGAUUCUGCGGGCCGUGGAGCUACCACCAAAAGGCAUGGGUGGAGAGACCGAAUUUUUGGACACUCGAACAGCCUAUGAAGAUCUGCCGGCCGAAACCAAGCAAGCGAUCGACGGUUUGGUAGGCCUCAACACUUUGAUGUGGAACCGCAAGCAGGCGAACCCAGAAAUGCAGACUUUCAAAGACAUCGACUGCACCAAAGUACCACUCUCGAAGCACAAGAUCGCCCAAGUCCACGAGCCUAGUGGGCGCGGGAAUCUCUACAUCGGGUCCUACAAUCACCACAUUGACGGCAUGCCUGUCGAAGAGGGCAGAAAAUUAAUUGAUGAUCUAAUGGCACACGUUAUGCAAGAUAAGUACAAGUUUGCCGUCCAUUAUGAAAACUCCGGAGAUGUCACGUUCUGGGACAACACGGCCGUGCUGCACCGCGCUACCCUCGGACAGUACCACGGGAAAUACCGUCGCGACAUGCGAAGGAUAUCGACAUUUGACAACAGCUCAUGGGCAUACGGCGAGAAUGAUCCCCUGAACUCCCAGCAGGUGGGCCUUACAUAG